CAGGCAAAGGACAGGCUUGAAUGGAAUCUUUUACCGCCGAGACAGAAGACACAGCGAGCUUUGGGAUUACCUUCUCUUUGGAAAUAAAUCUAUUAAAACACGAUGGAUACAGCCAGCGAUGCCACUAAAAUCCUAGAGAAGGGUCCAGAAUACCUGAGAAAACAAAUGGAGCUGGAGAGUGAGACAAAAGGACAAAUGAGUGCCGUGGAGAGGCUUGCUGCAAGCAAACCCAAAUAUGUCAAAAGCAAAAAAGUGGUCAACUCCACCCAGGAGCCUGUGAUCAGUAUCGGAUCUGCUUCUGUGAGCAGCACUGGGUCUUCUAACCGCAGCUCCAACCAUAGUGGGAAGCUCAACACUUCAGGUAUCUCUACUGCAGCAACAUGUGGUUCACAGAACUCCUCACCAGUGCAGGUACGGCGGACCAGCUCCAAAAAACGACCAGACUCGCUUCUAAUUUACAGACAGAAAUGUGAGUUACUGAGAGUGUCGACAAACAAGCGCAAAUUCCGUCGAACAAGAAGGCUGCAGCGGAAAAAUGUCCCGUUACCUGAGGCAUCAGAUAAAGAGAGUGAAGGUGAGGGAGGCCCAGAGAAAAUCACCACACCUGAGGGAACAGCUAAGGAAUGCAGCGCUCACACGGAGGAGAGGAAGAGGAACGGAGAAGCGGAACAACACAGCAAAGGAGAGGGUGAUUCUGGGACAAAGGUGACAGCUACUGGGGUGAAGAAAUCUGCUGGUCUGCUAGCGGUUCCAGAGGUCAACAGGAGGCCUGGGAAAGGGGUCAGUCGUUCGCACUCUGACAUCAGCUCCAGGUACUCUAAAAACUUUGCAGACUUUGACGCUUUCUUCAAGUACUGCGGGCUGGACGGGGAGGUCAUCGAGUCUUUGGGGAGGGAGAACUUCUCAGCACGAUCGGACGAUAUUGCCAUAAACAUCCGGAGCAUCAGCGUUUCCACAUCAGAUGACGGCUUCUCCAGAAACAGUGGGGACAGCGACGGGCUGCUGGAAGAUGAGUUACAUAAGAAGAUACAUCAAGGGACAUCAGUUAUCGAGCGUAAUGCAAGGAUUAUCAAAUGGCUGUACAGCUGCAAAAAUGCCAAGGAGACUGGGAAAAAGUUAAGAGAUCUGGACUGAGAAUAACCCAUAAUUAUUUCCUUUGGAGGCUUAUUAGUUGAGACUGUUGCUUAAAAAUGAUAAAGCUAUCCCUUUUUUUACUGAUAUUUUCUUUAUAUCCCUAUGUCUAACAGUGUCUUUGUCUUAAAAUAUGUGCAUUUAUGUGCAAAUUUCAGCUGACACCUAUCAGAAGAAAUGUGGAUUUUGCAGCUUUGCUUCUAUCCAUUAAGGCAGCAGAGUCUCACAUCACUCACACAGAACACAGGGAGGGGCCCUUGAGAAGCCUGCAAUGAAAAGUGUGUUUUCAUCAAUUUUUUUUCGUAGUAAUUAGUGUCGUUAUUGAAUCAAAAGCGACAAAAUGAAUCGGUCAACAGACUGAAAUUUGUA